AUGGCCCGGAAGAUGGCGAGGGAUCCAAUGGUAGUGACCAAAGAGGCGGUCCUGGAUACCCCCGACAACGCUGCGACUCCACGACCGAACCGACUCCUCCCUGAACGUACCCGAUCCGAACUGCUAUAUACACCGACCUCUUCCGACAAGGCCUCCACCAGCAUCGGCGAUGGCAGAGACAGGGACGUAUUCUCGGACACGUCGUCCAUGUCGAAGCGCUCCGGCCGGAGCAGUCCUACUAAGAGAGAGGCUGCUAUGCGGAGCGCGAACGAAUUGCGUUUACAACGUAUAUCCCUGGAUGAACUUGCCGCUUUGCUUUCUGUAGAGCGGGCGACAAUCUCGCUGGUUGAAGACCUUUCCGCCAUCCGCCAGAAGAUUGGUAUUCUGCCAGGUGAACUUAAGACGCUGUUCGAAUCCCAGAAGAAAAUCGCAGAUCCCUUGAACGAUGCCAUGUUCGCCAGCAGCUCCAACACCUCCGAGAAGGACCUCGAGUACCAACACCGGCGUCUUCUCCGAAUCUGCAAAUCCACCGUUGAUUGCAAUAAUCCUGCGCGGCCGGUUCACGAGGCAGAAUGGAAUGACAAGGUUCACUCGUCUAUACUGGAGCUGGCUCUUAACGAGUCGGACUCGGACGCAAGCGAAUCGCUGGUCUUCCGCAACGUGACCGACGCCCGUAUUGCCAUCCCAUUCCGCGAUCGAAGCGCCCUCCUUAGAGACAACAUGGUCGACUACGGCAUUUUCCUCGCGCCACCCGCCGCUUCUUCCCUCGAAGACCAGAUCUUUUCAUUCAUAAACAGUAGCCGCUCCUUCACGCAGCUUAAUGCCCUCGAAAGCUUCGAAGUGGACCGACCCCUGGCUAUCGCCAUCGAAACGAAACGUUCGCGCGGCGGCGAUGCCAACGCACCCAGCCAGCUCGCCAACUUUGCGCGUGCCCACUAUCGGUUGUGCCGAUACCUGUUCCCCGCUUCAAAGCAGAAUAUCGGUAGCAGUGGAGGUUCUGGGACAGAACCACAGUCUUCAGGCCCGGUCAAACCCACUGGUAGUGCGCUGAUGCUGCCGUUGAUCGAGGUCCACGGACCAUCCUGGCGCAUUAACUUUGCCGUCCUGGAUGUGGACCGGGAUCUGGUCUCUUCGGACCUUGCGAUGGGCUCGACUGACCAGAUGUCCGACUGCUAUGUCCUGUUGCAGUCGUUGCGGCGGCUGGCCAAGUGGGCGGAUUCUGAGUGUGUUGCUUGGUGGACGGGGCGUCUUCAGGGAAUAGGUCAAGGCUAG